AAUCUCGGGCAAAUUUGGUUUCGGGUUUACGGAGGACGUCAAUCAAAUUUCCUCCGGUCUGUCUGGGUAUCACACCAAAAUAUUUAGUGGCUGAAGUUUGGAAAAUCAAAACUAAUUCAACGUAAUGAGCGGAUUCCAUUGCUCAAGGACACUUAACAAUGCACCGUUUCUCCGUGACUGUCGAUUUAUUUAAGAAAACAUAAAGUGAGGAAAAAAUAAGACUUAGUGCGAUUGAGUUGCAGUGCGAGACAGCGCCCCCACGUGGCAGCUCAGUAGUGUGCAGCCCGGCGGCGCUGUCCCACUCCCUUCCCCUGCGCGGAAUGUUUGCGAACCUCUCCCUCCCCUCGCAAACUCCAGGAACUCGCAGAAACGAAAAUACACUAGUUUCUGUGCGAACGCUGGACGUCUGGAUGACGGACCCGCACAUUUUGUGCUCUUGAAAAAACCUUCACGUAGGACCAGGGGAGUCUUACUCACAAUAUAGUCAAAAAUAUACUCAAAACUAAAAUGAGGGGCAGCGACUAACAGGAUCCUUUUUAACUUUCACUUUUUCACUUUUUUUUUUUUUCCUUUUGAGAAGUGAGCCAUCAAAGAGGACGGGGAUCAGCCUUUUGCAUUCUUCUGAUGGAACAGAAUAACCGAAACAAGGAUUAAAACCAGAGUGCGUGAACUGAGAUUGAUCACUUUUUGUGUGUGUGGGUGGAGGAGAGAAGGAUCUGGACAGAUUGUCGGAGCAAGAGAUCUGCAAGCAGGACAGCAGGACAGGCAGCCCCCAACCGUACACAUCUAUUACUCACAGAAUCCGCUAUGGCGAAGAAGUACGAUUUUUUAUUUAAGUUGUUGUUAAUCGGAGACAGCGGCGUCGGCAAAACAUGCCUGAUCAUCAGAUUCGCGGAGGAUAACUUCAACUCCACGUACAUAUCCACUAUUGGCAUUGACUUUAAGGUGAAGACAAUAGAAGUAGAGGGCAAGAAAGUCAAACUGCAAGUCUGGGAUACAGCUGGUCAGGAGAGGUUCAAGACCAUCACUACAGCUUAUUACAGAGGGGCUAUGGGUAUUAUCCUGGUAUAUGACAUCACUGAUGAGAAAUCCUAUGAGAACAUUCAGAACUGGAUGAAGAGCAUCAGGGAGAAUGCUUCAUCGGGAGUCAAUCGGAUGUUGCUGGGCAACAAGUGUGACAUUGAAGCCAAAAGAAAAGUGUCCAAGGAAGCAGGGGAGAAGCUGGCAAAGGAUCACGGAAUUCGAUUCUUUGAGACAAGUGCCAAGUCUAGCAUCAAUGUGGAGGAGGCUUUUACUGCUUUGGCUCGAGACAUCCUGCUGAAGUCAAGCAAGAAAUCGGGUCCAACGAGUCGAGAAGUCAAACUGACCAACACUGAGAAGAAGACGUCCAAGUGUCUUCUCCUCUAAUUCCAGUGUAUGAGGGCCGUUUAGGAGCAGUAUUACAGGAAAAGGGAUUGUACAAAACGGAAAUGUAUAGUUGGACUGCUGGUUUUGGAGUAAGUGCUGGGGUCAGUUAAGGGGAAAUUCUGAAUUGUUAGGUAAAGCGUGGUGAAUGCUUUCAUGAUGCCAUUUAGUUACACACGAUACCAAUUACCAUUAGCUGCAUGGUACUUUGACAGUAUGUCUAGGUAUAUAUCACACUACAAACACGCAACUGCAACAAAAUAGAUACUGUGCAAUGUUUUGUCAAAAUAGGAUAAGAAAGACUGCAACAAGAAGAAGUGUCCCGAGAUAUAAGUUACACAAGGUGUAUUGGUGAGAAGAAAAAGUGUGAUUGUUUGGAUGGUAGCAAUUAAAGAGGUUUUAAUGUCACCAAGAAAGUGAAUUUUUGGAUUUAAAUGAACCAUCCAGCUUGUUAGCCCUGGAAGGAGGUUGCAUGAAAAGUGGUGAAAUUUCUUGAGAAACAUUUAGAGGUCGGCAUAGUAUGUGAGAAUGGGGUAGAGCAAUGGGACCGAUGGGUGGAAAGGGUUACCGCGGGAUUACAAGGGUAGAGGGAAGGUUUGCAAGUCAGAGCAGCAAAGGCACUGCACGUUGACACUUACUGACUGACGGACUGGUGAACACGUCAACAAACAACAAUUAUAGAUCUUGAUUUUUUUUAAAGUUCAUCGUCGGGACUUUUCACUCUGCUUAUCACUGCCCAGUCGUAUUACUUUGUGGUUACUAUCAGUCUUCCUUCCUGUGGCUUUUUUGGCAAAUGUCUUACUGUGUCUCCCUUCACCGUUUGCAUAUCAAGACAUCACCUGUAACGUUGUAUACAUUGCAGACAUGUCAGCUAUAUUAUGUAUGUGCUGCUUUAAACAUAUAAGAUUGUACAAAUUUAAUAAAAACAAAAAUGGGAU